AUGGAGGCAGUCAAGUCUGACCCAAGAGUGACAGCGGCAGUUUCAGCGGGAGUGCUAGGGUUGGUGUCGCAUCAGAUUUUCAAGCGCAAUGAACCGACGGUGUAUUCAUUCGCAAACCAUGUGCUCAUUGUCAAUGCUGGAUUGACCAUACUAUACAACUCGAGCAUAGUACUGUAUCGAGUCUUUUUCCAUCCGCUCAACCAAUACCCCGGCCCUAUCCUCUGCAAAAUCACCAGAUUCGCAUCCAGCUGGCAUGUCAUGACUCGCGAUUCCCAUGAGUGGCAGAUUUCGCUUCACAAGAAGUACGGAGACGUAGUCCGUCUCUCCCCAAAUGAACUCUCCUUCAUAUCCGCAUCCUCAGUCGACCAACUCCACGGCAGCAAAGCCGGAAGGCUAGCCCGUGGGCCCUUCUACUCUGGCGACCCCAACCGACCAGCCGAUUCUAUGCUCUCCACUCAAGAUCUCAACGAGCAUAGAUGGCGGCGCAAGACAUGGGAGCGAGGGUUCGGCAGCAAGCAGCUUCGCGACUUUGAGCCGCGUGUCAUUCGCCUGUUGGACAUACUGGUCUCACAGCUUCGAGAGCGCGUUGGGACAACCCAGAACAUGACCCGCUGGUCUGAAUAUUUCGCUUACGACGUAAUGUCUGACCUCGCCUUUUCUGAGGACUUCGGAAUGUUGAAAGCAGCCAAACCGCAUCCAUACAUACCCGCGCUCCACGAUGCCACCAGACUGCUCGUCAUCGCGUCUCAAACUCCCUGGAUCCGGCCUCUGAUGCCCUGGUUCCCAGUUGAAGCGCAGUCGAAGAGGGCAGGGAAAGAGUUUGCGCGGAUCUCGAGGGAGACGUAUUUGAGGAGGAAGGCGAGAGAGGUCAAGGAGCCAGACAUGUAUGAGUACAUCGCGUCGCCAGAUAGGUCGGGGCCAAGGCCGCUUACUGAGGCGGAGGUUGUGGCGGACUCAGCGCUCCUGAUUGCCGCUGGCGCGGUGUCGACAGCUCUCAGCAUCACAUUCAUGUUCUUCCAUCUGCUGCAAGACCCGAAGCAGAUGGCGCGUCUGCAAGCCGAAAUUGACAGCUGUUGGGACGGCGUGACGCCUCUCGACGUGACUAUGCUGGCACCCCAACGCGCCCCUUACCUCGACGGCUGCAUCAACGAAUCCCUCCGCCUGUGGCCCCCCGCCCCGAACGGGAUGCAGCGCCGCACCCCUUCCUCCGGCAUCGUCGUCGACAACCGCUUCAUCCCGGGCGGCACCCAAGUCUCCAACCACACGAUGGGCAUCCAACGUGACGCGCGGCACUUCACCAACCCCGAUGCCUUCAUCCCAGAGCGCUGGAUCGAUAGCGAGCGCCCUGCGGACUGGCACCACGAUGUGCGGGCGUUUAUCCCGUUCACGAUCGGGCAGUUUGCAUGCUUGGGGAAGAAUCUGGCGUAUCAGGAGCUGCGGCUGUUUAUGGGGGGUGUGGUGAGGAACUUUGAGUUUGCGUUUGCGGAGGGGUUUAGGGCGGAGGUGUUUGAGGGGCAGAUUAAGUUUAAGGGGACUUUCUUGAUUGGGGAGUUGCCGGUUGUGUUUAGUGAUAGGAAGGCGGGUUAGGAGGGAUGAAGGGGUGAGAAAACGGCCUGAGGGACUUCAGAGAUAUUUGGAAGUGGAAUAUAUGGGAUGGUGUAGAGGCUGCUACUGGAGAGCAGUGAUGUGUGUGGUGUUCAGACAUCGCAGAAUUAUAGGCGUCCUCAAAGUCUCUACAUCAUCGUACGCAGAUUUCUGGUACUACACAGGGACAGCCCAGACAGCGGUAGAACAGUUUGCUCAGGCUUAUAUCUAGGCGUUUUAUGCCAGGGUUCUUGCCAGUGGAUGAACAGCAAUAAUGGGAAUUACGAGUGUGUACAAUAUGCAGCGCUUGAUGGAGGGCUAUUUGGGAGGCUAGGUGAGAGGCAAAAAAGUCACCCCACCACUGAUUUUCAUGGACAUUGAC